GCUGCACGCAGUCGGUGCAAAAUAGACUUCAACUCCCAUGCAGCAUUGCGGUGUAAACAAACUACACGACCCAGAGCUCCGUGCGUCACGCGUGCGCAACGGGGCCAAAAGCGCCGAGGAGGACUACAGGCGCGCGGCUCGCGGACUACAGUGUGCCGGGGACGUGCGCGCCGAGAGUCCGGAGACCUUUAAAUGUUGUGUACGUGCAAAGAUGGCAGCUGAAGUGGAGCAGGUGCGAGAGAGAGUGGGAGAGGAGAAGGUGAGGGACAGUCUGCAGAGGUUCAUCAAGGAGAGGAAGAGGAGGAAGAGGAAGAGGGAGCUGUCAGCGGACAGACUGGAGAGGAGUGAGGAAGAGGCGAAGAGAGUGAAGCUCCAUCAUCAUCAUCAUCAUCACCAUCACCACCAGCAUCAACACGCUGAGCACCGGAGCCUCCCGCCGCAUCAGCUGCUGCACAAUCCCAAACCUCACAACGUGGACAAGCAUGUCCUCCACCACCACCACAGUCUCACCAGCGGGGCGAAGAGGAGGCUGCAGCCGGCUCUGCCUCCUACUCCGCCGCCGCCGCCACCUCCUCCUCCUCCUGCGCGGAAGGUGCCGCCGGUGCAGCUGCAGAAGAAGCGACCCCCGGAGCCUCCUGCGCUCUUCACGUUCACGCCUCUCAAAGUGGUCAAGGCCAAAGCGGCGCAGGAUCUGAGAGAGAAGCACCGGGACACCGAGCUGAGGCUGCAGCUGAAGAAGGAGAACACCGAGGCCAACGUGAAGCACAGCGAGCUGAAGAAGAAGAAGAAGAAGAAGGAGCCGCGGCCUCACAACGAGAACAUCGAGUCCUUGACGCUGGAGGAGUAUCUCCUGAAGAAGAGGAAGAAGAAGAAGGAGAAGCAUGAGGAUGAGCACCGUGCCAAGAAGGUCCGACACAUGCACCACAAAGCGGUUCAGACCGUGGGAGCAGAUCUCAGUCUGACGAUCCGCCCUGAAACGUCUCGGCCUGGCACGGUGAAGCGCGAGAGCAAUCGCCAGCCGAGCAGAGACACUAUGGCCAACCACCAACCCUACCUCCAUGCUCUCAAACUGGGUCACGUCCCCUUCCUGUCCCACCAGGAUCACUACAUCCGCAGCUCCUCCCUGCAGACAGGCACCUGGUAUGGACGCCUCAUGCACGAGGAAAGGCAAGCCAACGGCGGGGGGUCCGUCCUGCACGCCUACGCCGAUGAGCUGGCCUGCCUCAGUCCGGCUGAGAUGGAGAGCUUCGCCCAGGAGUUCCUGGAGUUGGCCUUCGCUGAGAAGCCGAGAGGUGCAGCCUCCUAUGCCCUGGCGGUGGUGCACAGGGCGGCCGCCUACCUGCCCGACUUCCUGGACUACUUUGCUUUCAACUUCCCCAACACGCACGUCAAGAUGGAGAUAUUGGGCAAGAAAGACAUUGAGACCACAACUAUUGCCAACUUUCACUCUCAGGUGAACCGGACUUACUGUUCCGGAACAUAUCGGGCUGGACCCAUGAGGCAGAUCAGUUUGGUCGGAGCUGUGGAUGAGGAGGUCGGAGACUAUUUCCCAGAGUUCCUUGACAUGUUGGAGGAAUCACCUUUUCUCAAGAUGACCCUCCCCUGGGGAAGCCUCUCCAGCCUGAAGCUGGACUGUCGCUCUCAGAGUGACGAUGGGCCGAUCAUGUGGGUGCGACCAGGGGAACAAAUGGUUCCCACCGCUGACAUGCCCAAGUCUCCUUUCAAACGACGCCGGUCAAUGAAUGAGAUCAAAAAUCUGCACUAUCUGCCGAGGGCCAGCGAACCCAGAGAGGUUCUGUUCGAGGACCGGACGAAGGCCCACGCCGACCACGUCGGUCAGAGCUUCGACUGGCAGAGCACUGCAGCUGUUGGGGUGCUGAAGGCUGUGCACUUCGGAGAAUGGAACAACCGACCUCGGAUAACCAAGGAUGUCGUGUGUUUCCAGGCGGGAGACUUCAACGAAGUCGUCCAGAGGCUGCAGCUCGAUCUGUACGAGCCCCCAGUGUCUCAGUGUGUCCAGUGGGUGGACGACGCCAAGCUCAACCAGCUGAGGAGGGAAGGCAUCCGGUACGUCCGUGUGCAGCUGUGUGACGACGACAUUUACUUCAUCCCAAGGAACGUCAUCCACCAGUUCAAGACGGUGUCUGCGGUCUGUAGCCUGGCUUGGCACAUCCGUCUCAAACAGUACCACUCGGAGGACAAGGUCAAGGAGGAGGAGCCGCUGCAGCAGCGCAGCGAUAUCAGCCCCACCACAGGCCGGGUCUCGUUUUCCUCCCCUGCCAGUCCGGACGGCACCGUCACCCCGUGUGCGCGACCGCAGGGUGACAACAUCCGAGGCGGAGUGGCCAAGGCCGAAGAACCGGAGUUCCAGAGGCCAGCAACACCUCCGCGGGAGCCUCAGCCGGCACCGCCGCAACCCACCAAGUCCGCUCGCUCGCCCCCAACUUACCAGGAUCUUCACUUUUCCCUGGCGACAGUCCACCCUGGCUGCACGCCGUCAAAAGAGCCGACACUUCCAAAAUCUUUGGGCCACACUACUCAGUUCCCUCAAUGAUCUUUCUCCUCCAAUACAAACCUCUCUCCACUGUCAGAGGAGCAAGGGUGAAGAACUUUUAGACUAAAACUGACAACUGAACGUCAAUCAGGAAACAUUUCGAUCUGAUUUAUUCUUCACGUAUUUUUUAAAAUCUUUAAACGUGGGUGAAAAUGUCCCCGGUUUGUUUUCCGACAAUAAUACUCUUUCUUACCGUCUUCACCUGGACUGGAACUCUCUGCUGUCUCAGUGAAAAGGUUUGCAUCAUGUAAAGAGAGACAUUUUUAUUUUAUCAUUUCCUGGCAGAUUUGUUUCACUGAGGCAUUUGAAGUCACAGGUGAUCUGAUUGUAUAAAAUACUUGUGAGUUCGACUAACUUUAGCCAAAAGAGACUUAAUCGUGAAUCCAGACCUUUACCACCAAUCAAAUCCUGCCACACGUCGGAAUGAGUGGAUUGGCCACAGCCUGGACAGAUGGAGAAAUUAACCCAACUCUUUUAUUUUGAAAUACUUAUCUUAGAAAUUGAGGAAGAGACAUUUUCUUCACACUUUAUUUUGAAACUAAGCGACACACGAUCUAAUUACGCUCUCAUCCACUUUAUAAGUUGCACUUACUGCACGUGAUUCUUUUAUUUAAAUUUUCUAUUGUGCCCUUUUUCUUACUGUUGAUACUGUUUUUGAUAUUUUAUUUAUUUUCUUAAGAUUGAACUUAACACACAAACACAGGUUUUAUAACCGGUGAUGAAGACUGAAGAAGAAGAUGAUCUAAUUACAGGAGCUCCUGUGAAUCUAUCCGCUAUUAUGAAUAAUCGUGUGGAUGUACGUCUUCGGACUUUGUUUUGUAAAUAUCACGUUAUGUAGUUAAUCGCUGAGAAUAUGUGAAUCCUGUCCGUGCACUCAUUCUUCAUUUGAUUAAAAUCUAUUCACAUGUUUUUAGUUGUUGAACUGGUGACGUCACUGCAGGUCGAUGAAGGCGCAGUUGUAGGAUCGUGUUUUUAUUAAAGGAACUUUUUAUACAGAAUGAACUCCCACGAAUCACCUCUGUCGGUUAGUUUGCUCAUUUAUUUGUUCGUCUGCUUGAUCUUGGUGACAAAAAACUACCCAGAUUCAUUUAGUGCAGCUUGACUGAAUUUAAGGAGAGUGUUGGUUUUCACCCCAAAAUUACUACAACUACAAAAUAAGAUUUCCAGGAAAUUUAGAGAAAGGACCACUAAAAUUUCGGCGUGGAUCAAAUCAGGAGGCAGAUCUAGGAAUUAGUUUUGCACUUACUUUAACAUUUACAUAUUUCCGAUGGGCCUCGGCGGAGGUAUGAGCUCCGAGCAAGGCUUUUAUUGUGUAAAAUCUGUGCUGUAAAGGAAGUGAGGAUGUGAUCCCGCCACCGAGUUAGUGCCUUGUUCUGUGUGUAGGGUUUUAGCCUGGUUUAAAACUGUCAGGUUUAUCUGUUGGUGAGCAGGAUGCAGAAGAGGCAGCCAUCAUGUUUUAAUUGAUUUUAUUUUACUGAUGCUUUUUGAUUCCUACGUCUGCUGGUGCAAAGAAUCACUGCAUCAUAUUUUGCCUUGAACACAUUAGAUCCCCGUCUGGAGGCGGAGGGGUUAUCUGCGUGUGUCGGGUGUCAUAGGGUGUCAUAAGGACUCACUGAAUCGAUGUAGAAAUAAAUUGACAGUUCAAAUUCUGUCACUUGUUGUGAUGAUUGCCGUUGUUGAUGUUUGUCCUCGGACGUCUUUUCCUGGGUUAAU